AUGAGCCGAAUCACCGAUCCAGCAAUAACACGACAGGCGGUGUCCGCUCUGUACUCAGACGCUGACGUCGACGAAGCUGCCUCACGCACCACUGCAGCAGCACGAGUAGCGGCGCCCAAGGACAGCGACAGCAUCUCGAUCCGCUCGCGACACACGCUCCGAGCCUUUUCCUCUGCAGACGAAGACGAGGAUCCAUGGUCAGCGAUCCCGCGUCGACCGGCCAACCCGUCGCACCCGGCGCCUGAGGAUGUGGUGACGAUGCCCCGCGCGCAACGCAACCAGCUGCUGCUCCGGGCGCUUUUGCAGCUGCUCGCGCUAUUCGUGGUGUGCUUGAUCGGGCUAGCGGGCACGCUUUGGCUCGCACUGCCCGUGAUCUCGCCCGAGGACAAAGCGCACUUGAAGAUUCCGCGCAAUUUCGAGGACCUGCAACAGCUGAACACGAUCCUGCAGCACUACAAGUCGGCGCACUUCUUCCGUGUGCUUCUCUGCUGGGUGGUUGUGUACAUGUUCCUUCAGGCUUUCAGCAUCCCGGGCAGCAUGUACAUGUCAAUCCUGGCGGGAGCGUUGUUUGGUGUACCCGUGGCGCUGCCGCUCGUGUGCGUCAGUGUGGCAACGGGCGCCAGCAUCUGCUACCUCAUCAGCAAGUUCUUGGGUGUGGUGCUGAUUGCGCUGCCGACGUGGCAAAGGCGGGUGGACGAGUGGAAGGCCAAGCUGGCGGAACACGAUGACAAUUUGUUGAGCUACUUGGUGGUCAUCCGGAUGAUGCCGCUGCCACCGCAUAAUGUGGUCAACAUCCUCUCCCCGCACCUCGGCAUCAACUUGGGAAUUUUCUGGCUAAGUACAGCAGGUGGGAUCUUCGCCGUCAGCGUGAUCCACACAACGAUCGGCGAGAAGCUCGACCAGAUGACGAGCGCCGACGAUUUCGGCUUGCUCAGCUGGCGCAACGCCGUGCUGCUCGGUGGCGUGUGUGUCGCCGUGCUCAUCCCCGUGGCGGUGAAGCGGUGGGGCAAGGGCAAAGGGCUCGAGGGCGACGACGAGCGCGGCCAAGUGUACCUGGAAGAGGGAGAGGGCGAGGAGGACGCACAGAGGCUGCCGGACAGCUUCCGACGCAAUCUCGUCGCAUUCAACGACAGCGACGACGACGACGAGCUGCCCCCGCACAGAUCGCUCGAUACCACUCAUAUUACCACUAGCCCGCCUACACUAGGCACAGCGGGACUAGGAGGGGGCGAGAUCGAAGAUGCCAGUGAGAGCUUCCCCAAUUGGUCCGCCCGUGGCGAGGAUCUGGAGGAAGACGGCGAGGACGACGACGGCAGGAACAGCAGCGAUUAUGGAAGAGGCGGCAUCUUUAGCGAUCGUCACACCAGCGCGAGGCAGAGCGCGAUUGGUGCAGGCAGUGCGGGCAACGCCGGAAAGCUGAAACAGUGGAUCGCAGGGUCGACGGGGAUCCGGUUGUAG